AUGACAGCAGUAGCAACCCGGGCCGUGAUGCCCAGCAGCGACCCCUUUGGGGCGAACGCGCUAAUGAGCAAAGAGAUCACCGCGGUACCCAGUGAAAUCCCUGCCGGGACUGACACUGAGGCGAACGAAAAGCUCGCCGUGGUACCCAGGAGUAUCCCAGCUGGAGCGGACGCCGAUAUCAACAAGGAGCUCGCCGCAGUUUGGGGGGAUAUGCAAACGCGGAUGGCCAAGCUUGCCAAAAUGUCUCAAGGCAAAAACUAUGACGAGAACCUGAAACCUGAAAACGUGAUGGAGAACCUAGACACCGUGCGAUCUGCACGCCUGAAAAAGUCAGAGAAAUGGGGGAAUAUCCGGCAAACUGUCAGCAAUACCCUCGAUGUUAUCGCAAAUGUUGGAGGAAUGGUUGCCGAUGCCGCCUCUCAGGUAAGUAGAAAAAGACUACUAGAAGAAAGUAGGCGUGUUGCUCAUCUGAAACAGGUAUUCGCCCCGGCCGGACAAUGCUACAACGCCCUCAACUUCGUCAUCAACGCGUACAAGGGCUACGCAAGCAUAUUCGAGACGCUCAAUGUGCUGUUCAAGAAAUGUGCGAGCUUUUUAGGACGUUUAGACAAAUAUGCCAAGGGCAAGAUGAGCCGCGAGUUGAGCCUGGUGGCGUGCGAAGUUCUCCGCCACUUUGUGGACGUUUGCGAUAAGGCGUUGACUCUGCGAAAUUCACGCAUGUUCAAGAUCAAGACGAUGGCAAAGAUUGCUUUCCUUGAGCAGAAUGAAUUCUCGGAAUCCCUGGGAGCGAUGGAUGAACUCACCCGGGAAGAAGAGUUGGAGCGCGGCGCCGAUAUGUAUCUCAAUGGUGCGGAGACACUCGACAACUCCCGAAACAUAAUGGGCGUCUUGGAGCAACAACGAACGGAAAGAACGGAACAAAGCAAAGAGAAGAAGGACAGGAACAUUCUUCUACGCGUCCUGAACUUCAGCACAAGUCCGGAUGUCUGGGAUGGCAAUGGACCCAUUGCAACCUGGGGGUCGACUUAUCAAAAUAUUCGCAGUCGCAACGUGGAAGGAACGGGCCAGUGGUUGUUAGGGGAGCGCGAGUUUAAGAACUGGGCGAAGAAGAACUCGGAAGCGCCUGUUCUAGGGAUUGUUGGCGGAGAGGCCUCGGGUAAGAGCUAUCUGGCUUCCUCUAUCAUCAGUCAUCUGCUAGCGAAUGGUCCCGGCGAGGCAAUCAACUCUAGACAGCUCGUUGCUUUUUACUUCCUAGAUGAGAAGAAGGCCAACUCUGGGAUCGAGAUACUCGGGAAAUCUGUCAUCUGGCAAUUCGCCCAAAGCGAUGCGUCGUACAUGCAAUCGGUCGCCGCGACGUGUGGAAAGGCUGGCAACAUCGACGCGAAAGAAUUCUUAACUCGGCUCCUCCUCGACAACCACAAGGAACUGAAGGCCAUUGAUGCGAUGUUCUACAUCGUUCUGAACAAGAUUGGCGACAGUGAGGACAAUGUCCAUGAUGGGGUAUUCAACUUCCUGCUAAACGCCUCACACUCUAGCAAUGGGUCAAUUCGCAUCUUGUUUACUGCCACCGAGGGGACCUUCAAGAAGCUCAAGAAUCGUGGCCUGAAGUGUCCUAGUGUCCCUAUGGACCGUAACGCGGACGACGUGCGCAAGUACAUCGAUUCGCGCUUGGAUAAGAUGGAUAAUCUCUUCGACACCGGUGACGAUCAAGUCAAUGCUCUCCGGAAAACUAUUCAAACCAGACUUUACGCACAAACUGGAGGAAACUACUAUAUGAUUGAUAAAACUCUCAGCAAGAUCAGCAAAUUGGACCUCGACACCGACAUUUACAAAGCUCUUGACCACGCGGACAAAAGCUUAACUGAUCAUAUCGAAGAUGAUGUCCGCGACCUCAACCGACGUCGCUCAAAGAAGGAAUUGGAGGAGAUCAAUGAGAUGAUCCUCUGGAUUACCUUUGCAAAAGAGCGGAUGACGGUUGAGAAAAUGAAGGCAGUCCUUCAGUUGAAGAACAACGCGACUUCCCUGCGACCUCUGGAGGACCGGCUCAGAAAGUUCCUGUUGUUUGAGAUCGACAACUAUGGAUUCGUCAAUUUUCGAUCAGAGCAGAUCUUGGGCAAAUUGCCGGAGCGGGCCCUGGCCGCCAAAGAGCGCCAGGAGAAUAACCAGGAAGUAAACAAGUGCGAAGUCGACAUCCUGAAGCACUUCCUCGGCAACGUGUGCCCUCCAGGCCUGGUUACAAAGCUUGGGUUGGAAGAGCACUUCGAGCAGAAGUUAAGCCCCCGACAAGAGCAGAUCUAUCAAGAAGACAAGAACAAUGCGAAUUUCCAGCUUGCCAAAGCUUGUCUCCGUGCGUUGACCAGUGAGACUCAUGGCAAGUUGAGGGUACUGCGAGGCUACGCAGUACGCCACUUGGUGGGCCACAUGUCUGAAGUUGAUCUGGCUGGCAUAGACCCUGAUCUAAAACGCCAAAUUGGACCACUUCUCGUGAAACUGUUCCGCGAUGAUUCCGCCAUCGACAAUCUUUUCUGGGCGAAAAAAGAAACUCCGGAGUUUCCGGACUGGCUACGCGACAGGGACACAGUGCGACUGAUUUGUGGUUGGUUAAAAGCCACUUCCGCUGACAUCCAGAGUAGUGAGCAGGAAAAGAAUUGGCUUAAUGAGUUGAUGACUGAUGGGCAAGACUCCGUGAAGACUAUCGCCGAACCUUCUGUUAUUCGAAUGGCCCAUUAUUGUUUCGAAGAGGAUUCGGAUGAAAAAACGACGCAUGCCACUUUUGAGAUCGUUAAGCGAUUUGUAUCUGAGGUACGUCUCUCUGCAUUUACGGUUAUUGUCUAUGCUAAUCAAAUCCUACCAUGCAGCAUGCCUCAACUCGUGAACAGGAAGAAGCGCCGUCUUUCAGUGAUGAGCAAAUUGAAGAAUGGUGUCUCAAGAAGCUCUCGAUUGAAAGGCCAAACUCGCGCUGGCAUACCCAGAUGGCUGUUGUAUUGA